AUGGCCGGUGCCAUGGCUAGGAGGUAUAGUUGGCCUCUGGCAGAGCUGGUAGUGGUGUUGGCGAGUUUCAGCCUGCUAUGCCUGCCACGCGGCUUUUUGUCGUCGCGGCCGGCAUCUCUCAGGAGUGAUGUCCACAGCUUCAUUAGCUGGAGACAUCCACAGAAGGAAAGGGGGCCGGAGCCCAUGCGGCUUGGUCCCCGCGGCGGCAGCGAUCCGGUGAACAAUGUCUCGCCUGAAAUUGCAGAAGCUGGGCGGAAGUAUGCUCAGCGCUAUGAGGACAUCAUGAUGUCUGGGAGACAGCUUUGGCAACAGAUGCUGAAGAAGGAGGAGAUUCCCAAGAAGAUCUACUUCAUUGGGACUAACGGCAACACAGGCAACCUCAUAGCAGAAGCCUUGAUGGACGGGCUGGCGUAUACCCCAGCUCCUGAUGGCACUCUCUUUCUCCGGCGCAAGCCUGGCCAGGAGUAUCCGAAGCUGGUGUAUUAUCUCGUCAACUCCGAUAACGAGUUGGCGGCGAAAGCGCCGAAGUCGGCGGUGGACCUCUACAUUGAGGAUCCGAAGGAAUAUCGGGAGAUUGAGACCACAGUCCUGAAAGAGUUUCAAGCGCUUGAGAACAAGGACGUUCCAGCUGGCAUUGUGGUGGGCGAGAGUGCCGUAGAUGUUCCCGAGAAUGUGGAGAUCAUGAAGACCGGAUUGGUGGUGUGGAUCGAUGUGGGGGCUGAGUUUGCCUGGAGCAAGACGCAGAUGCGGCCAAAGCCUGGCGGCGGCCUGUUCAUUCCCUUCGAGAGAGUGAGGCCGCCGGUCUGGUGUAUUGCCAAUGGCUGGGAUGGCGACAUUGACGAUGGCGAGGCCAAACAAGAAUAUGCUGAGACGCUGGAGAAGUACAGCAACAAGUAUGAGGAUAUUGCGCAAAUUCGCCUUCGCGCAGAUGUUCCGGGAGUUGAAGAAAACCAGUAUUGGGGCGCUGAGCGAUUGGUCAAGGCAAUCGCCGAAUUUUACGGCCUCAACACGGAAGGUGCUUCCGUCGAAGAGGAAGUCUUGGAGCGUGACCUGGAGAAGUUCCUGGAAGGUGCCCGCCUCUCAAAGUACUUGCAGGUAGCUUUGGACUGGAGCUGCGCUCAGGGGAGCACUUUGAGUUGA